GCAAGGCUGACUACAACUAGGAGACAUUUGCCCAGACCACUGCGCGAUUAGUCUGAGGUGGACAGAGAAUAUCUGGACGUUUCAAAUUCUUCUGGGUGAAAUGAAAUACAUGAACUUCGGAGAGCGCACGACACCACCACAGACCAACAACCCAGCAUGCGCGAGCAUGCCGGUCUCCUUUAAAGAGCCCAGCUAUACGACUUGCGCGUCACUGGAGGAUUCUUACACGUCAUCAGGCUUGCGGCUCGUGAAUUUUGACGGCCCGGACUGUCCUUCACGUUCACUUGGUUUGUGUCCCCCUUUCCUCCGGCUCCGCGAGCCUUUACUGGCCGACCGGCGCAUGGACGUGAGAGCCGUGAAUCAGCCACACAACCCCGCCGACACCUCCCGACGCGCCGGAGAUCGCAGACAGCGGUAGGAUAUGGUAGUAGUCGAGAACGAUCGAGGAAGGAGAAGCAGAAGGAAAUAAUAAAUGAGAGCUGAUUGGCUGCUCCAGCUGCCAGUCAGAGUGAGUGAUGGCGGUGCCUGGUGAGGGUGGGCGUUUCCUGGUGGUCUUCGACUUUGACGAGACGCUGGUGAACGAGAGCAGCGAUGACGCGGUGGUGCGCACGGCCCCGGGCCAGGUGCUCCCUGAUUGGCUGCGGGCCUCGUACCGGGAGGGGCGUUACAACGAGCAGAUGCAGCGCGUGCUGGCGUACCUGGCCCAGCAGGGGGUGACGGAGAGCGCCAUCCGCGCCGAGAUCCAGCGCAUCCCAGAGACCCCGGGGCUGUCGGCGCUGCUGGACUUCCUGCGCGCUCACGCGCGCCACUUCGACUGUGCGGUCAUCUCCGACGCCAACUCCUACUUCAUAGAGGCGUGGCUUCAGCAGGCGGGUGCUCGGCAACUCUUCCUGGAGAUCUUCACUAACCCCGCCCACUUCGACACGUCCGGCCGCCUUGUCCUCGCCCCCUGCCACGCCCACUCCUGUCCCCGUUGCCCUGACAACAUGUGCAAGCAGCGCAUCCUCCGGGACUUCCUGUCCAGGCGGAGCGUCCAGCGGCGGCGGCCCUACCAGCGCGUCUUCUACGUGGGCGACGGGGCCAACGACGUGUGUCCCUGCCUGGCACUGGACACGCAGGACGUGGCGUUCGCCCGCCGUGACUUCCCCAUGCACCGCCUCCUCACCAGCACACACACCGCACAGGUCAACGCCUCCGUCCAGCCCUGGAGCACUGGACACGACGUGAUGCAGCACCUGCAGAGAGCACUGGAGGAGAGAUAGAGAGAGAGGAGGAGAGGAGAGGAGAGGGGGAGAGAGGGAGGAGAGGAGAGAGGGA